UUCAAUCGAAUGUUUGUUCGAAUCGAAUCGAAUGAUUGAUUCGAUUCGAUUCGAGUCAAUCAUUCGAAUUUUCGUCUCCCGACAAAGUCGUCCUCAUCAUUAUUCGUGCACCGAGCCAAAGAGCACCACUUCGCUUGAUUGAAGGCAAAGAAGAGUGUUGUGUCAGAUUCCGAGAAAACGUCGUACACGUUCAACUUUCCGACCACCACCAAAUCAUCCACAAAACAACCAUGAGCUCGUCUCCCCAUCCUUUUUCAUCUUCUGCCACGCCCAAAAAGCCGUCGCCAACAACCAUGACACCGGGUGUUCGUCACCCUGAGACUGGAAAGCCUUUGUCAGCCUUCACGGCCCGUUGUGGUUGUGGAGGCAUCACUGGAAUUUGCGGGUCUUCCAAAGGAUCUUCCAAGUGGAAGGCCCACAUCCGCACUGUCAAGCACGCCAAGUGGGAGUCGACUCGAACUCCAACAGCCACCACGCCUCUGACUCCAGUGGCGUCUACGACGACGACGCCAUUGUCGCCACACUAA